AUGACGCUGCAGACCCCUUUCAAGCGCGCCGCCUCCACCGCCGGCGCUGCCGCGGCUGACGGCCAAGACGACGAUGGCCCCUCUGCAUCGCCCAGGCGGGGCUCGUGGCGCCGCACCCUGCUGGGGGAGCGCGCGGCUGCGGCCCAGAGCGCGACCACGGCUAGCGCCGGCCGCGGCCACACCUCAUUCAGCUCCGCCCUGCCAGUGGCCGGCCCUGACCCUGCCACGAGCUUUGUCGCCGCGCUGCCCGCCGACGACACUGGCGCCCUUGGCCCCUAA